AUGUCUGGUUCGACCCGAAAAGAAACGGAUCGCAUAAAAGGUCCAUGGAGUCCCGAAGAAGACGAACUCUUGCAGACGCUAGUGCAAAAGCACGGACCAAGAAACUGGUCUCUGAUAAGCAAACCGAUCCCUGGACGUUCCGGUAAAUCUUGCCGUCUCCGCUGGUGUAACCAGCUUUCACCGGAGGUUGAGCACCGUUCUUUUUCGCCGGAGGAAGACGAGACGAUCUUACACGCGCACGCUCGGUUCGGUAACAAGUGGGCCACUAUCGCUCGCCUUCUCAACGGUCGGACCGACAACGCGAUCAAGAAUCACUGGAACUCGACGCUGAAGCGGAAAUGCGGCGGCGGCGGCGGUGGUUGGACGUCGGACGACGGUGGAAACGGAGGGUAUGAUGGUAGUUUAACGGAUGAGCAGCCGUUGAAACGGACGGCGAGCGGCGGCGGAGAUGGAGGAGUUGUGUCGACGGGGUUGUUCAUGAGUCCUGGAAGUCCAUCGGGAUCUGACGUCAGCGAGCAAUCUUGUGGACCUGUUCUGCAUGUUUUCAAGCCGAUGGCGAGAGCUGGUGGUGUGGUUAUUGAAUCUACGGUGAAAGAUCCGGCGACUUGUCUGAGUUUGUCUCUACCUUGGGUCAACGAGUCAACUCAAGGAAAAGACACGGCGCCAGUGAGGAAACAAGAGGAGGAUAAGGCAAGAUUUAGUGGGGACUUCAUGAGGGUGGUGCAAGAGAUGAUUAAGACGGAAGUGAGGAGUUACAUGACGGAUUUACAGCUAGGAAACGGCGGAGGAGGAAGUUUAUGUAUGGUGCAGGGAGGUAAUGGUGGUAGUGUAGGGUUUAGAGAGUUUAUUGAGAUAGGGAAGAUUGAGUAGUGAGAGAGAUUUAAGUUAAUACUAAAGAGUUUAUUAUCACAUGGCACAAAAUAAUAGUAGUACUAAUAAAAACCAUUAGCCUAUAAGCUUCGGUCAUACAAACCUCUAUGACAUGGUUUAUUCAAGGAUUUUGUUAUUACUAGUGAUGUUUUAUGGCGAAAUGGUUCUUCUAGGAUUGUCAUACAAAUAAAUAUCACCUGAGUUUGUGCGCCUUUUAUGUUUCUUCUAGAAUUGUCCUAUUUAAGAAAACAACUUCUCA